AUGGUCACAUCUUGGUUACAAAAUGAUAACGUUAAUAUAUAUCCAACUACGAAUACAGGUAAAUAUACAGUUUUUAAAACUGGAGAACUUUAUGUGUUUAAUGUCGAUCACGAGGACGGAUAUAAAAGUUAUUCUUGUAGAACGGUUAAUAAACUCACUGGAAAAAUUCAAUCGAGUUAUUAUCCAGCACAUUUAAUUGUUACAGAAAUCAAUGAAAAUGUUCAGCCGAGAAUUUCGGUUCAAAGGCAUUCGACUAAAUAUUCGAAAAUUGGUGAAGAUGUUAUUUUUUCUUGCAUAGCACAAGGAUUUCCAACACCAGAUUAUAAAUGGUUUAAAAACGAAAAGGAACAAUUUUUACCCCUGAUAUUUAACGAACGUAUUAAUGAACUCGCUCCAGGACUUUUACUUAUUUCUAAAAUUAAAUUAGAUGACAAAGGAAAAUAUGUUUGUAUGGCUAACAAUUCAGCUGGAAAAGAUUCCGUUCAAAUCAAUUUGGUUGUGACAGCUCCGCUUUCGGUUCAUAUACAACCUCAAAUACAAAUUGUUGAUGUGAAUAAUGAGGCCGUGUUUGAAUGCGUUAUUGGAGGUUUUCCUUUGUCUCAAAUUUCAUGGUUUCACGAUGGAAAGCUUUUAACUAAAAGCAAAAGGCAUAAAUUUAAAGAAAAUUUUGAUAAACUUUAUAUAAAACCAGUUGAAAAACAAGAUCGUGGAAUGUAUCAAUGUUUUGUUAGUAACGAAUGGGAAAUGGUACAAUCAGCAGCUGAAAUUCAACUCGGAGAUACCAGUCCUGAACUCAUAAGUUGGUUUUCGGAAAAAACAUUACAACCUGGGUCUUCGAUUUCGUUAAAAUGUAGCGCAACGGGUAGUCCUCCACCUCAUUUUUCAUGGUCUUUGGAUGGAUUUCCGGUACCUGAUAGCAGCAGAUUUAUAGUUGGACAGUACAUAACAACAAGUGAUAACGUAAUAACUCAUUUAAACAUAACAAGAACCGAAGAAGAAGAUGGCGGCGAAUAUAAAUGUACGGCUAAAAAUUCCGUUUCUGAAAUUUCUCACGCGGCUAAAAUCAAUAUUUAUGGAAAACCGUUCAUUCGAUCCAUGCCAAAAAUAAAUGCCAUCGCGGGAAAAAAUUUUAUCAUUAAAUGUCCGGUUGCCGGAUAUCCGAUUGAAUCGAUUUCAUGGGAACAAGGGGGUGUAUACCUACCGAUUAACCGACGUCAAAAAGUUUACAGUAAUGGUACCUUAAUUAUUGAAAAUCUACAAAAAGAAUUCGACGGUGGUACCUACACGUGUCAAGCUAAAAAUAAUCAAAGAGCUACGGCAAGAAGAAACGUCGAAAUACACAUAAUGGUGCCCCCAAAAAUUCUUUUAACUCAAGAUAUAACACUACGAGAAGGAAUGAGAGCUGCAAUCACGUGUCAAAUAAUUGAGGGUGAUCUACCAUUUAAAUUUCGUUGGGAAAAAAACGGUUUACUAAUCGCUGACGAAAAAUUACAGAUUCGAAGAGUCGAUGAAUAUUCUUCCCUAAUUGUUAUCGAUAAUAUAAGUACAGAUAAUGCCGGAAAUUAUACUUGUUUCGCUCAAAAUGUUGCUGGAGAAGAAUCUUUAACUGUAUCUCUAACUGUUAAGGUACCUCCAAAAUGGAAAAUAGAACCGGUAGAUACAAACGUUACUUCCGGUCAAGAAUUGAUAUUAAAUUGUCAAGGAAACGGAUAUCCGACUCCAACAACGACGUGGAAAAAAUCAACGGGCGAAUUUUUAGGAGAAUAUAAAGAUUUUUUAUACGAUUCGAAUAUUAGUAUUUAUCCAAACGGUUCUUUAAAAUUUUCAAAAAUUUUUAAAGAAAAUCAAGGACAUUAUUUGUGCGAAUUAAAAAACGAAGUCGGUUCCGGUCUCAGUAAAUUAAUUUAUUUAAAAGUCAACGUUCCAGUUUAUUUUCCGCAAAAAUUUAAACAAAUUCAAGUUAUUCAAGGUAAAGAGGCUCACAUGCAAUGUCCAGCAAUUGGAGAAACGCCGAUUGAAAUCGAAUGGAGAAUAAAAGGACAAAAAAUACAAGAAAAUAAACAUUCCAGAUAUAUUAUAAAUAAACAAAUAUUAACGGACGGUUUAGUUUCUGAAAUAAGCAUACCAAAAACGUACAGGCACGACACGGGGAUAUUUACAUGUUACGCAACAAAUUCAUUCGGACGUGAUGAAAUGAAAAUUCAAUUAAUCGUACAAGAAAAUCCAGAAAUUCCAAAAAAUAUUAGAAUUAACGAUAAACAAAGUCGAUCCCUUCAAAUUUCUUGGACUCAACCUUAUGCCGGAAAUAGUCAAAUAACAAAUUACAUAAUUGAAUAUAAAAAAUCAAACGAAAAUUGGGAAAAAAAUUCAAAUAAUAUAAUCGUGACCGGAAGUGAAACUUUUACCACAUUGAAAAAUUUAAAACCUUUCACAUCUUAUCACGUACGAGUCAUUGCGGAAAAUCCAUUAGGAAAAAGUGAACCCAGUGAAUUUAUUCAAGUCAUAACACAAGAAGAAGUUCCCGAUGGACCACCGUUAAACGUUAAAGGAAAUGCAGAAAGUUCUACGGAAAUAAAAGUUUCCUGGGAUUCUCCACCUAAAAACACGUGGAAUGGAAAUUUACUCGGUUAUUACGUCGGUUAUAAAGAAAAUUUACUUUAUCACGUGACCACAUCGAUUUUAAACUCUUCUUCUAAAUACAUAAACAAUUAUAAUUUUAAAACGGUUGAUAAAAUAUCAGAAUUCGAAGAGGAAAUAAUUUUAGAAAAAUUAAAUAAAUACACGACGUAUUCAAUAAUCGUGCAAGCGUUUAAUAGUAAAGGAUCAGGUCCAGCAUCCGAACCUAUUUUAAUAAGAACGAAAGAAGAUGUUCCAAGUUCUUCACCGGAAAACAUCAUAUGUAAAACAUUAUCAUCUCAAAGUAUUGAAAUUUCAUGGGAUCCCCCGAAUUCAAAUAAACAAAAUGGGAUUUUAUUAGGAUAUAAAAUUUUUUAUAAAGUCGUGUCGAAUAAACGAUUAUUAGAAGAAGACGAAGAAGAAAUUAAAAUAACAAAAUUAACAAAAACCGUCAUUUCCGGUUUGUCAAAAUAUUCAAAUCACAGUUUUACAUUAUUGGCAUUUACUUCUGCUGGAGAUGGUAUUAAAAGUGAUAAAAUUUUUUGUAAAACCGAUGAAGAUGUUCCAUCUUCUCCGAAAGAUAUAAAAGCCGCAUUAAGUUCUUUUGAUAACAUUUUAGUAACAUGGCUUCCGCCUUUAUAUAAAAAUGGUAUUAUCAUUUCAUACACGAUUUACAUGACUUUAAUAAAUAAUAAUAAUAAUAAUAAUAAAGAGGAAAAAAUUCGUAAGGAAAUUUUAAAUCCGGGAAUUGAAAUUUACGAAACGGUUCGAAAUCAAAAAAAAGGAAUUUAUAAAUUUUGGGUUACGGCAUCGACAAAAAUAGGAGAAAGUCAAAGGUCAACAACUGUUACAAUAUAUCCAUCGAACGAAAUUCCAGCAAAAAUAAUGUCAUUUAAUAAAAACGUUAUAACUCCAUGGAAGGAAAAAUUAAAUUUGACUUGUUUAAAUGUCGGAAUACCAAAUCCUAAUUUAAUAUGGAAAUUUAAAUCCACGCAAAUAAAAAAUACAAAUUCGAGAAUUCAGGUACAAAAUGAUGGUUCGUUAAUUAUAAAAGACGUACAAAAAAUGGACGAAGGAAAUUAUUCGUGUUCCGUGGAAAACGUUUAUGGAAAAGAUGAAAUCAUAUAUAAUUUAAUUAUCGAAGUUCCACCGGAAAGACCGAAAUUAUCUGUCGUAAGCUCGACGAGUGACAGCCUUCAAUUGGAAUGGAAGAUAAUAACUGAUAAAAACAAAGAUGGCGACGAUGAUGACGUCAACAACAUUUUAGGAUACAGAGAUUUUCAAAUUUCAGUUCCGGUAUUGGGAAAAAAUAAAAAAAUAUUAAUAAUUAAUUCGUCGUCCGUCGGUAUAAAAAUUGAUUCAUGGCAAGAUGGCGGUUGUCCGAUAAGGAAUAUUUUUCUAGAAUAUCAACGUUUCGAUGAAAUUACGUGGACUAAAAUUUCUAGAAUAAUACAAUCGAACGAUUCCGUUAUAAUUUUAACGGAUUUAGAACCCGCGACAAAAUACAACGUUAAAAUCACAGCACAGAAUAAUGCGGGUUCAUCAACGAUAAUCUAUAAUUUUACGACAUUAACCGUUACGGGAGAAAAAAUAUCUUCGACCGAUGAGAAUGAAUUAAAUCAAUCGGAUAAUAACGUACCUUUUUAUCAUGAUUUUAAAAUUAUCAUUUUAUUAUUUAUAUCAUUGAUAAUAUUUAUCAUAUUAUUAACGGCUAUUUUUAUAAUAAGAAAAAAAAAAACAACAACGAUAUCGUCUCCUCAUAUAGUCGAUAAUGAAAAUAAUUUCGAACAUGAAUAUUCAGCCAUUAAAAUCUAUAAUAAAUCGGAAAUAAUUAAAAAAGGAAAAGGAGGGGGAGAACAACGGGAGCAACAAGACGAACAACAACCGGAACAACAAGAUUAUUUAAACGAUCCAUAUCCGUUUUCGGCAUUUAAAAUCUCAAGAUCUCCAUAUAGCGAAAGUUCAUUAAG